CGCGGGGGCGGCUCCGGGGCCUGAGCGGACGCCGCCGCCGCCUCAGCCGCGGGGGCCGGGCCGGAGGAGACGGAGGAGGCUGCGGCCCCCGAAGACCUUCUCGACGCCCCCAGCUCCGGCCGAGAAGAUGAUUGAGGAAAGUGGGAACAAGCGGAAGACCAUGGCGGAGAAGAGGCAGCUGUUCAUAGAAAUGCGUGCUCAAAAUUUUGAUGUCAUACGACUAUCAACUUACAGAACAGCUUGCAAAUUACGAUUUGUACAAAAACGAUGCAACCUCCAUCUCGUUGAUAUCUGGAACAUGAUUGAAGCCUUUCGAGACAAUGGCCUUAAUACACUGGACCACACCACUGAGAUCAGUGUGUCCCGCCUCGAGACUGUCAUCUCAUCCAUCUACUACCAGCUGAACAAGCGCCUUCCUUCCACUCACCAAAUCAGCGUGGAACAGUCCAUCAGCCUCCUCCUCAACUUCAUGAUUGCUGCAUACGACAGUGAGGGCCGAGGCAAGUUGACGGUAUUUUCAGUUAAAGCUAUGUUAGCAACCAUGUGUGGUGGAAAAAUGCUGGACAAAUUGAGAUAUGUUUUCUCCCAGAUGUCAGAUUCCAAUGGCUUAAUGAUAUUUAGCAAGUUUGACCAGUUUCUGAAGGAAGUUCUGAAGCUCCCAACAGCGGUCUUUGAAGGGCCAUCUUUCGGUUACACAGAGCACUCAGUCCGCACCUGUUUUCCACAGCAGAAAAAGAUAAUGCUAAAUAUGUUUUUAGAUACAAUGAUGGCCGAUCCUCCUCCCCAGUGCCUUGUCUGGCUACCUCUCAUGCAUAGGCUUGCUCAUGUUGAGAAUGUCUUCCAUCCCGUGGAGUGCUCCUAUUGCCGCUGCGAGAGUAUGAUGGGUUUCCGGUACCGAUGCCAGCAGUGCCACAACUACCAGCUCUGCCAAAAUUGCUUUUGGCGUGGUCAUGCCAGUGGCCCGCACAGCAACCAACACCAGAUGAAGGAGCAUUCCUCCUGGAAAUCCCCUGCAAAGAAGCUGAGCCAUGCAAUUAGUAAAUCCUUGGGGUGUGUACCCACCAGAGAACCCCCGCAUCCUGUUUUUCCUGAGCAACCAGAGAAACCACUGGACCUUGCAAAUAUAGUUCCUCCUCGCCCUCUGGCCAACAUGAAUGACACCAUGGUGAGCCACAUGUCCUCGGGGGCGCCCACUCCCACCAAGAGGUUACAGUAUAGCCAGCAUAUACCCAGUCACUUGGCUGAUGAGCAUGCGCUGAUAGCCUCCUAUGUGGCCCGACUGCAGCACUGUGCACGUGUCCUGGACAGUCCUAGCCGGCUGGACGAGGAACACCGGCUUAUAGCUCGCUAUGCUGCCCGGCUGGCUGCAGAGGCAGGAAACGUGACCCGUCCUCCCACUGACUUGAGCUUUAACUUUGAUGCCAACAAACAACAAAGGCAGCUUAUUGCAGAGCUGGAAAACAAAAACAGAGAGAUCCUGCAGGAGAUUCAGCGUCUUCGUCUGGAGCACGAGCAGGCCUCCCAGCCCACCCCCGAGAAGGCCCAGCAGAACCCCACGCUGCUGGCAGAGCUGCGGCUGCUGAGGCAGCGGAAGGAUGAGCUGGAGCAGAGGAUGUCGGCGCUGCAGGAGAGCAGGCGGGAGCUGAUGGUCCAGCUGGAAGGGCUGAUGAAGCUACUGAAGGAGGAAGAGCAAAAGCAGGCAGCUCAGGCCACGGCAUCGCCGCACACAUCGCCCACGCACGGAGGCGGCCGCCCGCUGCCGAUGCCCGUGCGCUCCGCCUCCGCUGGCUCCACCCCCACCCACUGCCCGCAGGACCCCCUGAGCGGCGUCGGCGGGGACAUGCAGGAGGCCUUCGCCCAAGGUACGAGGAGAAACCUCCGCAAUGACCUGCUGGUGGCUGCCGACUCCAUCACCAACACCAUGUCAUCCCUGGUGAAGGAGCUCCACUCAGCUGCUCUUUCCUUAGGCCUGCUCGGCUGGCUCCCUCGGGCGCUCUCCUGGAUGACUGGAACCGAAUCAGCCACAAAAGCUUCUGGACUUUCUCCCGGCUGCCUUUCUGCUCUCUCCUAUUUGAUUUGGUUUUGAAACCCUAUUCUCUCCUUUUGUCCAUGGCGAGGCUCUGAUUUCACUCCAAGUUCAUGACCUGAGUCCGUUGCUUCCUUCAUUCCUGGUGUUCAGUCUUAUCUAUGACUCUCUCUCUAUCACUGAGCUGUUUCGGUGAUUUUCCAGAGACCCUUACCUCGUGGCAAAUUUCCCCAUCCAUAAAACCCAGGAAGGAGAGAAAAGACUAGAAGGCCAUUCCCAUAUCAUCGUUAUCUUCAAGAAUCCCCAUGAUUCCAUCAGUUUCAUAGCUGCCAGAUAUUUUACUAAUGUUUUUUACAGCGGUCCAAUUUCCGUGUCAUAUUUUAAAUAAACAGGCUCCCUUCCUAAGUGCUGUGGGUCGCUCAUACUGAUGGCCCGCUUUUGUUGCUUUUCACCUAAUGUGGAGCUUUUAAAUACCUUGAACUGGCUCACCAAGAUUAUUAAAUAAAGACAUAGAGCAGGGUUUUUUCCAUGGGCCUUGCAGACACAUAUCCUUAUUCAGACACAUACGUUGUAAUCAUCCGUCCAUGCGCUUAAGGAAGGCCAGCUUUGGGUGUUUCCUCAGACCUUUGUAAGAGAAAUCAUGUGCCUUUAGUAUUGUCAUGGGCCCAGGCCAAGGUCUGGCCCACGGCUUCACUCUUAAAUCUGCUGUUUUGGUUUGGAAGAGAGUAAGUGUGUGGCCUAGGUUGGUUUUCCAGGGCAGUUAAGAUGCCAGUUCCCCUGUGCAGGGACUGUUAUGAUAACGCUGUCUCCGCUCCAGUACCAUUUCUCAGUUCCCUUUAGAAGCACUGCCCCUCCACACACACACACACACACACACACACACACACACACACACGAGGUGACUGCCUUUGAGAUGACCUCAUAGGUGAUUAGAAAGUCCCUUCCCUUAAAUAGCUCCCCACAGACGCCAGAAAUCCCACUUUUGGAGGGAAUUUCUUAGGGAAUUUCAGGCCUCGAAAAUGAAGCACACGUGCCUCGUGGCCACCUAUUAGGGUUUGUGCAAAAUAAGUGGUUCAUGAGCUUGUCACACUGGUUCGAGAAGUAACUAGACAUCCUUAAAUGCGAAGUACAUAGAGACCAAACAGCUUCAGAGAAAGUGAGUGUGAGGGUGCCCAGCGAUCUCUCCGGUAGAAAGGACCGUUUUACACAUCCUGCUGUGGAAAGGUGGUGCUUGGCCUAAGGGUGUGCAGCUUGAAGGGGCAGAGCUGGUCCUGGAGCUGAGGUCUGAACGUGACGCUGAAGCACAGGAUGAGGUGUCAGGUCUGCCGUCCCACGAGGGCCCCUCUCGGAUGCCCCGCUUCCCGAGCCCCAGAGUCCAUAGGCGGCCGUGGACUAGGGUCGCAGCCAGUGUCCCUGUCAGACAGAUGUGAACUCCCUUCAUUCAGGUGCCAGGCGGCCAGGUUCUCAGCGAGGGCAAGAGCCUUGCCUGACACCAGCCCAGUGUCCCUGUCACUGUCGAGGCUGCUGCUGUGAGAUGGGAUGAGACACCCGCACUGCCUGCGCAUGCAUUCUCUGCAGCGUGGACAUGCUGUUUCUACUCGCCCUCCUCAUCUUUUUUGAAUUUUUGUCACAAAUAAUGGGCUCUUAGAUGUGCAAAGGACCUCCGAAGUCAUUUCAUCCAGCUUGCUGCCCAGUAUAAAAGUCCUCUGUUUGAAUAUUUCCAGUGAGCUCAUUCAUGACCAGCUCCCAUCACUGGGAAGUUCUUUCUAAUCCUGGAGACAGAAAUCUGACUUGCCAUGACGAAGUGACCCUCACUCCACCCCCCAGACCCCCAGAGUGAGUUCGGCCCGUCCUCUUCAGGUUGGCCCUUCAGGUAGCUGAUGGAUGUCACGUGGCUCCCCCCCAGGCCUCCUGCUCAGGCAGCUGUUUGGUCCCUUUGGCCCGUCUUCAUGUGACGUGGGUUUCACUCGAGCAUCCCGUGUGCCCACCGGGAUGCGGCCAAGUGUUUCCAGGCCCCGGUUCAAGGGAGGUCCUGGGGCCCAGCCGAUGGCUCCACCUUGGGGGGUGGGGUCUGUCCCCGCCCCCACCCUGGGCAGGUCCCUGGAAAGCAGCCUUAGAUGGCAUUCGCUUUUUUCCACACAGCCACUUCAGUGUGACACUGUUCAGUCAUUUGAAGUUCGUUGUCAGCUAAGACCUCUAAGUGUGUGGUGGUGGUGGUUUUUAAUGGGAGCCAGUGUGCAUCUAGAGACUCCCUGCCGUGCACGUUUAUGUUGUCUUCUUGAGCCUGAAUGCAAGAUACUAGCUGUAUCCCUACUGCGUGUCAUCACCUUAGGGAAGCCAGUGACAGAGCCAGCAGCCGGGCAGGUGACAUCAGGCUGCACGGCUGCUCUGGGCUCAGGGCUCCUGGGGACGUGAUGCCGAGGCACCAGACCGCACAGCAGGCAGAGCAGGCAAUUUAAGCCCCGAGGCCUGCAGCCGGGAGCCUGCAGCUCGGGUUUCAUCCCGGCCUCCCAAGUUACUCCCUUCUCCCUCCUCCUGAGCUUCUCCUGUGCUGAAGGGUCACUGGCCUCCUUGGACUUGUUU